GUAGAAGGAAAAAGGACAGGAACAGAAAAAUAAAAAUAAAAAAAAAAAAACAAAUAAAAGAGAAAAAAAAAAAUAGAAAGACACACAGAAAGAAAACGAAAAAAAAAAUACUCCAGAGUUUUCCAAAAUGGCAGCAAAGAGUGGUGGAUCUGUAGAUUGGUCUUCAACAAUAAAACCAAUUUUAGCUGCAUCACAUGGAACAUUUAAUAAAAAUGAAAUUAUUGAACUUGUCGGAGCAAUUAUAAAUAGUGAAAAUGAAUUUUUAUGUCACGAGGAACAACAUGAAGCAUUUUAUGCUUCAUUUGCAGCAUUGGCUAGUGAUUACAUCAGUGGAUGUUCAAGUACACUAACAAAAAGCCAAAUACCACAAGUAUGUCAAGCAUGUCGUAUACUGUUGACAUAUUUAGUGAAAAAACAACCUGGUGAUGGAUCAUCAACAGUUUUAACAAUGAAACAAUUAUUAUUGCCAAUACGUGCAAUGUCAACAUCACAAUCAUUAUUAACAAAAACUGAAGAAAUUGCACUUAUUGCAAUAAUGAAAAAUUCAAAUAUACCAGAAAUUGUAACAACAACAACAAUGACAACUGGUACUGGAGAAAAAGAUACAACUCCACAACCAAUAAAAGAAACAAAAAGAUCACGUAAUGAUUUAUCAUCAUCAAUACUUGAACAAUUAACAAAACCAUUACAAGAUUUUAUACCAAGUGUUUCAAUAACAACUGAAGUAGUAACAUCAUCAAAUAAUAUUAAAAAAAAAUUAAAUGAUGAUAAUGAAACAAAUGAUGAUAAUACAAAUGAUAUUAAAAUGAUGUUUAUUGCAAAUAAUAUAAGUACAUUACAAAGUAUUGGUGCUGGUGAUACAUUACUUGAUAUGUGUUUAAAUUUACCACAUUUAUCAAGAUACAUGAGAAAAUAUCAAGCAUAUAUGAGUAAAAAAGGUUUUAGUUUACCUGGUAAUCAUGCUGAAGCACAUAUUAUACGUCAUAGUCUUCAUUCAGUUGUUAAUGAUAUCAAUAUUGUACAUAAUGUUGUAUCAUUACCUGUACUUGAACCAUUAACACCAGCUAAACUUGAAAAACUUUCAUUAUUAACAAUGUCAUGUUUAUAUUGUUCAAUUGCAAAUGCAACAGCAUCAAGUAUUGUUGGUGUAUCAAAUGCAGUAUCACCAAAAUCUACAACGACAACAACAACAACAGCAACAACAACAAGUAAUAAUAAUUCAACAUCAAAUGUACAAUCAUCAAAUAAUAAUUCUAAUAGUAGUAGUGGUGGUGGUAAAAAUACAGAGGAAGAUUAUGAUACAUUGGCAAUAACUGUUGUUGAAAAAAGUUUAGAAAUAUUUAGUAUUGUAUCAAAUAUUAUAAAAUAUAGCACAAGAGCUGGUGGUCAUAUAUUACAAAAUCAUUUAUUAAUUGGUGUAUGGUUAUUAGUUGCUGGUCUUCAAGCACAAUUAACUGUUAGUAGUUUUAGUUCAACAACAGAUAAAACAAAAGAAGAAAAAGGUAAAUCACCAAGUAAAGCAAGAGAUGGAUCAUCAAGAAUUAAUUUAAUGAAAGUACAACAAGGUUUUGGUGUAUUAUCAGUUGCACUUGCAUCACAUGCAUUAACAUUAAUGAGUGCAUUAUUAGAAGAUGUAUCUGUUGAAACACAUUCAACAGAUAAUAUAAUACCAAGUGAACCAGCAUCAUUAAAUAUAUUAGCAACAUCAACAGCAUUACAAAGAGCCAUGACAUUUCUUCAAGAAACACCAUUAAAUCAUUUAUUAUUUUAUUUAGCAACAAUUAGUUAUAGAAAGGCUUGUACUUUAAAAAGAGUUCAAAAACAUCCACAAGAAGGUGAUACCCUGAGUCAAUCAGAUUCAACAACGUACUAUGAAGAUCUUUUGAGUUUUUCAGAAAGUUCAACAGAUGAAGAGGAUGACAGUGAACCAAUUUUGGGUCUAUGGUUUGAGGAAACAUUAUCACCAUCAGAUGGAUCAUCAACAAAUAAUACUAAAGAUGCAAAUAAUGAAGCUAAUACUGAACGUACUGCAACAAAUAUUGUUCCUGAUAAUCGUGAACCACAUGGUUACAUUUCAUUGGCAACACAAAUAUUUCAAUUUAUGAAUCAACAUUUAAUUGGUAGUCGUAGUUCAUAUGUACGUGAAUAUGUUAUUAAUGGAUUAGUUGAACAACAAAUGGUUAUAUUAGCAGCAAUAAUACGUGAUUUAGAUCAUGAAACAGCUAAAACAGAAACAGGAACAAUAUCUGUAUUUUAUGGUGCUACACUUGGUACAAUGUAUUCAGAAUUUUCACAAGCAUUAAGUCGUUAUACACAUAAUUUAUUAGCAAGAAAUACAUUAAGUGAAUCAUUACAAAUAACAUUAUUACAUCAUUUGGGUGUUAGUCCAUGGACAAUUGAAGGUACAUCAACAUCAACAUCUUGGCCAUUACAAGUUUAUCCAAGAACAUUAAGUGUAUUAGCACAAAUAUUAUUAUUAAAACCACAACAAGAAAAAGAAGCUGCUUGUAUUAGUAUAUGGCAAAGAUUAAUAACAACAAUGAUAGAAAAUGUUUGUAAUCCUUCAUUGACAAUUGAACCAGAAAAUGAAGAUUUAAAUGUUGAACAUGCACAGCUAGUAUUAUUUUUAUUUCAUUCAUUAAAUUUAAUGCAAAAAAAAUCUGUACUAUUGGUUACUGGUAGUGGAGCUGUACGUUGCAGUGAAGCCCUUAAAGCACCAAUGAAAGAUUCUCAAAUUUUACAUCUUUCACGUCUUUUAUUAUUACUUGAAUAUAUGAUGAAACAUCUUUAUGAUGCACCACCAACUUUACUUGAACAGGUUCAAUGGAAUUUGCUUUCAGCAACAAAUCUAGUCUCACACAAAAAAGAAGGUAAUAAACAAGCAGCAAGAAUAUAUACACCUUGGAAAGACAUUGAAGAUAAUUAUCCAAAACUUGGAUCACAAGAUGAAUUUACAUUAAAACCAAGAUUUUAUAAUUUAACAAAUUCUGAUAUUAAUAAUCAAGAUACACCAAAACUUGAUGGUCUUGCAUGUAAUUUUGUUCUUGGUACACCUGAUAAAAUGAAAUAUCCACUGCUAGUUGAUGCAUUAAUUGAUAUAUUAAAUGUUAUUAAUCAAACAACUAUGACAAGAAAACCAUUGGAAAAAGAUAAUAAUAAUAAAGAUAUUAAAAAAGAUAAGGAUAAAGAAAAAGAUGGAAAAAUGUCAAUAACAGGAUUAUGUGCAACACAAUAUUGUUUUUCAAUAUGUUGGAGACUUUUAUUAAUGUUACCACCAUCAACUCCAUAUAUGGAUAAAUUAGCACUUGGUGAAGAAAUUCCAGCAGGACCAAUGUUACUUUAUUCAUUAAUUUGGGGUCCACGUGCAGCAUAUAAAACAUUUAAUAGUUGGAUUAAAGAUUGUCUUGUUAAACAAGGAAUGUAUACACAGUAUGCUGAAAAUUUAUUGAAAACAGUAACAUCAACAGUUAAUUCAAUUAAAUAUGAUACAACACUUGCUAAAAAUUGUAUUAAAACAUUAAAACCAGAAUUUAAUACAACAGAUAAAAUUAUGCCAAAAAUGACAUUACCAAAGUUAAGUUCAUUAACAAUUUUAGCAGCAGUUAUUGCAAAAUUACAAGUACUAAUGGAUGAAAGUAACUUAAAAAAUACAAUUACUGAACAACAACAAGAAAUGAUUGAUACAUCAAAUAAAACAUCUGAUACAUCAAAUACAAAUACAAAUAUAAAUAAUAAUAAUAAAAUUAUUUCUGAUAUCAUACCACAUGUAUUAUCAUUAACAGAAUCUAUAUUGUCAUCAUGUAGAUCAAGUAUAUUAUAUCAAAUGCAUGAAUCAUCAGAAUCAAUUGGUAAAUAUACAAUGAGAGAUUAUUUAGUACUUGAUGGUAUAACAUGUGUUGCUGGUGCAAGUUGGGCAAUGGAAGCAUCAAUUGUAACAUUAUUACCAAGUACAAUACGUUCAGUACUUGAUAAAUGGAAAUCAAUUAAUGUAUCACGUAUAUCAUGGAAUAAUUAUUCAAAUGAUAUUAUACCAGCUGAAAGUUAUAUAUUAGCUAUUGUUAAUACACAUAUUAGUACAUUAUCACAGUAUGGUGUAUUUUCAAUAAAUUCAUCACUUAAAAAUUUAUUAUAUUCACUUGUACAAUUUUUAUUGGAUUAUGUUAAUACAACAACAGUACCAGAUACAUCAGAUAUACGUAAUAAAUUAAUAAAUAUAUUAAUUGCAUUAACAAUGGAUGCUAGAACAGAUUAUCUACAAGAAAUGGCAUCAAAAACACUUGUUAAAUUGUUUGGUAAUAAUGAUAAUGAAUCACGUCAAUUACAAGAACAUUUAUAUGUAUUAAAUUAUACAUAUAAUGUUAUUGUUGAUUAUACGGAAAAUAAUGAAGAAUCAAUUAAUGUAUCUGUUGAUGAAAAAAUAUUAAAACAAUGUAUUAAAUAUUGGGAACAAUUAAUUGAUACACCAAUUGGUUGUAAAGCAUUGGAUGAAUUUUUUUCAUCAAAUACAAAUAGAACAUUGAUAUCUGUAUUAUUAUCAAUAGCAUCACCACAAGCAUCACAACAAUUUAAUUCAUAUGUUUUACAUUUUUUUAAUAAAUUAUUUAAAACUGCUGAAAAAACACAAGAUUCUUGUCUUGAUCGUUUAUGUAUAUCUGUUGCUAAUUUAGCAAGUGUUGAAAGUAGAAAAUUACAUCGUUGGUUAAGACAUGUUGUUUUUGGUCGUCGUAAUAAUACAGCAACAAUACCAACACCAACAGCUUCAACAACAGCAACAGAUGUAAAAACACAAGAUGAUAAUAAAAAUGAAGAUGCUAACAAUACAACAACAACAACGAGUAUUGUUCCUGCUGCUACUAUUGCAAGUAUUCAUGAAAAUGUACAAGAUCUUCCAAAGGCACAACAAAUAUUAUCAGCAAUUGAACGUGGUAUUAUUUGGAAUACAACAGCUUCAACAUCAACAACACCACUUUUAAAUUCUGCAACAACAAAUUCUACAAAUGAAGAAAAUCAACAAAUAAUGCAAGAAAAUAAUCAAUUACUUCAAGCAUUAACAAAAUAUAUUGUUAAAUCAAAUAAAAGUAUUGGUGAUAAUGUAUCGGUUGAAAUAUUAUUGGCAUUAAUACCACUUGGUUAUUUAAUAUUAUCACCAGCUGUUGAAGCAAUUGGUUUUGCUGAUUUAAUGCAAGCAAUGUCAACAUUAGCUGAUGCUGGAAAUGAUAAAAGUAAUAUAUUGUUAUUCAAAGUUGCAAUUGAUUGGGUUGAAAUUUGUAAACAACAAUUAAUAAAUAAAGAUAAAGAAUUAACAAAAUCAAUGCCAUAUAUUGAAGCUGGAUGUUGUGUAUUAAAUUAUAUUGCUGAUAUUGUUGGUGCAGCAUGUCCACAACAAAAAUAUACAUAUCAUGAUCGUGCAAUGAGUCCACCAUGGGAAGGUACAGCACCAUCACUUGUAAGUGGUGAUUUAAAUGAUAGUGAUUGGAUUGAUGAGUUAAUUCAUGAAGAUGAAGAUAGUGCUGCUGAAGAUUCAGAUGAAGAUAGUAUAUGUAAUAAACUUUGUACAUUUACUGUAACACAAAAAGAAUUUACAAAUCAACAUUGGUAUCAUUGUCAUACAUGUAGUAUGGUUGAUGGUUCUGGUGUUUGUACAAUUUGUGCAAGAGUUUGUCAUCGUGGUCAUGAUAUAACAUAUGCUAAAUAUGGUAAUUUCUUUUGUGAUUGUGGCUCAAAAGAUGAUGCAUCAUGUCAAGCAUUAACAAAACGAAGUCCACAAAGUACUGAACAACAACAACAACAACAACAACCACAACAACAAGUACCAACAACAUCAUCAUCUACUAGUCAAGCUAUUGUUGGCUCAUCAUCAACACCAACAUCAUCAACAAAUGAAAAUUCUACUAGUGGUAUGAAUUGUCGUCUUCGUAGACGUGCAUCUAGUCCAAGUAAUUUACAUGAAAAAUUUGAAAGAAAUUGUCGUGAUAAAGAAAAAUUAAUUGCAUUAUCAAAACAACUUGAUUCAUCAACAAAAAAAUGGAUAUUAUCACAGUUAUGGUCAAGUGAUCUUGUAUCAUCUCUAGUUGAAUUAACACGUACAUUAAUACCAGCAGUUGAUGCAUCAUGUCAAAUAAAUGGAUCAGUUGGUUGUCAUACACGUGGUCAAGUUGCUCUAACAUUAUUACAUACAAUUGAAAAAAAAUUUGAACAUACUGAUCAACUUAUGUUAUCAACACUUGGUUCACAAGAGGGUGCAUUUGAAAAUGUUAGAAUGAAUUUUUCUGGUGAUCAAGGACAAACAAUACGUCAAUUAUUAACAGCUCAUAUGAUUAGAAGAGUUGCAAUGUGUUGUUUAACAUCACCACAUGGUAAACGUCAACAUCUUGCUGUAUCACAUGAAAAAGGAAAAAUAACAAUAUUACAAUUAAGUGCAUUACUUAAACAAGCUGAUUCAUCAAAACGUAAAUUAACAUUAACAAGACUUGCAUCAGCACCAAUACCAUUUGCUGUAUUAUCAAUAACUGGUAAUCCAUGGAAUGAAGAUUUUUUAGCUGUUUGUGGAUUAAAAGAUUGUCAUGUAUUAACAUUUAAUAGUUCUGGUACAGUAUCAGAUCAUUUAGUACUACAUCCACAACGUGAACCUGGUAAUUUUAUAAUAAAAGCAAUAUGGUUACCUGGUUCACAAACACAACUUGCAUUAAUAACUGCUGAUUUUGUUAAAAUAUAUGAUUUAGGAAAAGAUGCAUUAAGUCCACAAUAUUAUUUUCUUGUACCAAUUGGUAAAAUACGUGAUUGUACAUUUGUACAUACUGAUAAUGGUAUAUUUUAUUUAUUAUUAAUGUCAUCAGCUGGUUAUAUAUAUAGUCAAGCAAUGAAUGAUGAAAGUUCAGCAAAACAUGGUCCAUUUUAUGUUACAAAUACACUUGAUGUUUAUCAUCCAGAAAUUAAAGAUUAUGGACAAAUUGGAGGUGGUGGUGUAUCAAUAUAUUAUUCACAUACAUUACAAUUAUUAUUUUUUAGUUAUACAUGUGGUAAAAGUUUUAUUGCACCAUUAAAAGUUAUGGAUGCUGAUAUAACAACUGUAUUUAUGAUUACAAUACAAAAUAAUAAUAAUAAUAAUAAUAGUAAUAAUAAUAACAACAACAAUAAUAAUAAUAACAACAAUAAUAGCAAUAAACCAAGUACAAAUAAAUCAAAUAAUAAUCAACCACAACCAUUAUGUCAAUGGAGUGAAGUUGCUAAUCAUCCAGGACUUGUAUGUUCAGUACUUCAAGCAACAAAUAAUCCAGUUAUAUUAAUGAUUAAACCAGAUACAAUAUUAAUUCAUGAAAUUAAAGUUGUACCAAAAGCAAGAAUAAUGGAUAUGGUUGCAAUACGUCAUCCAAGUUCAAAUUCAGAUCAUAGAACAACCCUAAUAUUACUUUGUGAAGAUGGAAGUCUUAGAAUUUAUAUGGCUGCAAUGGAAAAAACAGGCUAUUGGAUGUCAUCAAAAAUUCAACCAAUUGGAUCAUUAACAUGUAUGAAACAAAUUAGAAAAAAAAAAUCAACAAAAACUGGUAAAUUAGCUGGUACAAUAACUUUCUUUGAACAUUGUCAAAUAAUGAAUGAUGUUGAAUUUGGUGGUAAUGAUUUAUUACAAAUUUAUAAUGUUGCACAAAUUAAAAAUCGUUUAAAUACAACUGGUAUGUAUGUUGUAUCAACAAAAUCAAUUGGUUUUAAUAUUGAAAUAACAAAUAAUGAUCCAACGCUAGUUAUGACUGGUGUUAGAGUACAAUUAGGAAGUCAAGAUGUACAAAGAUCACCACUAUAUAUUGAAAUAUUUGGUAGAAGUAUUAGAACACCAUUAACACGUAGUCGUUGGUUUGAUAUACCAUUAACAAGAGAAGAAAGUCUACAAGCUGAUAAAAAAUUAACAAUAACAUUUGGUUUAUCACAAGAUCCAGAUGUUAUUAUGGUUGAUUCAAUUAAAAUUUAUGGUAAAACAAAAGAUUCAUUUGGAUGGCCAGAAGAAACAGAUGAUAUACCAACUGGACAAAAUGUUUUAGCAGCAACAGCAUCAUCAUCAUCGUCAUCAUCAGCUGCAGCAGCAGUAACAGCAGCAACAGGAUCUGGUACAUCAACAAAUAAUGAUAAUGAAAGUAAUGUUGCAUUACCUUCAUCAUUAGCAUCAAUUGAAAAAUCACCAAAAGAUUCAGCAAAUAUUGAAAAAAUGAUAUCAAGUAUAUUAGAAGUUUUAGAAUCAUCAUUUACACUUAGUGCUGGUGAUGAAACAAAAUUACCAUUAAAAACAACAGCUAUUGAUGUAGCAUCAAGUUUAUUAACACUUCCAACAUCACCAACAGUACAAUUACAUACAACAGCUCUUUUAACAUCUUUACAUAGUUCUAAAAAUACUUAUCAUUCACACAAAGAUCAUGUACUUCUUACACAUGUUUUUGAAUCAUUAAAAACAAUGCGUAAUUUAAGUGAAACAUGGAUGGAUGCUGAAAAUUUUUAUCGUCUUGUAUUAAUUGUACGUGGUAUUGCAAUUUCAAGACCUCAUAAUUUAGCUAAAUUUAUUGAACAAUGUGAAAUAAAGCCACUUGAUGAAAGUGAAAUAUUAAUAUUUGAAAAUCAAAGAAUUGAUAAAUUACAAAAUCGUCAUAAAGAUGUCAAUACAGAUCAACAACAACAACAACAACAACAACAACAAGCUGAUGAUGAUGAUCAACAUUUAAUAUUUUUAUUAAUUAAUAUUUUUUGGACACUUUAUUUUGUUUAUCCAAAAAAUUUAGCACUUGCACCAGUUGUUGUACCUGGUCUUAAACAUACAGAAACAAUAACUUAUGCAUUAGUUGAAAUAAUUCAUGCAUUCACAAUAACUGAAUUAAAUAAUUGGAAUUGUGGUUUAACAGCUAAACUUUAUUUACAAUUUCUUUUAUCAUCAAAUAUUGCAAUAAGUUAUAGUGCUAAACAGGCAAUUGUUAGAAAUUUACAACCAAGAUAUAAACGUCGUAGAAUAUGUGUACCACCAAGUCCACCACCUUUAUGUGGUACAAAUACAUCAUCACUCAAAGAAAUUAAUGAAAAUCAAGAUAAACAAAUGUCAGAAGUAUCAAAUCAAGAAGAACAAAAUAAUCAAUUUGAUGUUGAUGCAAUUGAACCAAUGGCAUUACUUGGAGCUGAUGGUAUUGUUGGAAAUCAAUUACAAGAAGCUGGAGGUAUUAUGCCAAAUCCUCUUGAAUCAUUUCUUAGUCCUGAAGGAUUACAACAAUUUUUUGCAUUACCACCAGAUGCAGAUGAUGAAGCAAUGGAAUUGGCAAUUGCAUUGAGUCUUCAAGAUCAUGGUGGUGCUGGUGGUGGUGAUGGUGGAGGUGAUCCACCUGAUCUUCAAGCAUUUGAACAACAUUUCCAUCAAGGUCUCAGUAAUCUUAUUCAAGGUUUAGAUAAUUUUGGUGGACCAGCAUUACAGGGUCUUCAAGUACUUGCUGAUCAAGCAUAUAUUCAAGAACUAGAUGAUAAUUCAGUUGAACAAAUGCAAGUUGUUGAAGAUGAAACACCAGCAGUAGCAGCAGCUGAUAAUCAAGAAUUAAUUGAAAAUUAUUCUGAUGCUACUACAUCAGGUGGUGGAUCAGAUGAUGAUGGUGGAUCACCUGAUGCUGAUACAACAACAGCAGCAACAGUAGCAAUAACAGCAAUACCACCAAUUAGAAAUAAACGUCCCAGUGAAAGAUUAAAUGACAGUGAUAAUAAUAAAAAUGAUCAAAAUAAUCCAGGACCAAGUUAUUUACAUGAAGAAAUAAAUGAAUCAUCACCUGGUACUUCUGGAACAGCUAUUAAUUCAUCAAGAGUAAUAUUAAAAAAUCAAGAUAAUAUUGAAGAAAUAAUAACAAUAAAAGAAGCUACACCACCAAUUGAACCAGAACCAACAGAAGUUACAACAAAAUUACAUAAUGUACAAUUAUCAUUACUUGAACAUUUUAUGGAAUUUAUUCCUGAAUUAACAAAUGUUUCUGGUGCAUUAUCAAUACCAUUUAUGCAAGUUUUAUUAAUGCUUACAACUGAUCUUGAUGGACAUGAUGAAAGAGAUCGUUUAUUAAUUGAAAAGCUAUUACAUAUACUUGUAAAACAAUUGGAAAUUGAAAAACCAGUUGAUACUGAAGAAAUAGCAAAACGUACAAAUAAAAGAGAAGUACAACUUGUUAUAAUGCGUUUAUUAAGUGUAUUAAUGUCACGUUCAAAAUGUAGUAGUAAAUCAUCAACAUCAUCAACAUCAUUAGAAAGUUUAGGUUUUGUAUCACAAAUGAGCGCUGAAAUAUUAAGUAAAUAUGGUGUUAUUGAUCAUUGUUUAUCAUUAUUAACUGAAUUAUUAAAAUAUUGGAAAACAACAACAAUUGAUGAUCCAGGUACAAUAAUAUGUGGACAAUUAUUAAAAGAACAUAUGACAACAUCACCACCAGAUAUGUCACCAUUUUUCUUACGUCAAUAUGUACGUGGACAUGCAAAUGAUGUUUUUGAACCAUAUCCACAAUUAUUAACUGAAAUGACACUACGUUUACCAUAUCAAGUAUAUAAAUAUAGUGCUGAAAAUAAUAUAUCGAUACAAUCAUUAUUUGAUCAACAAGCAUGGCAUUUUUAUCUUUGUGAAUAUAUGAUGUUAUAUCAAACACCAUUUAUACGUCGUCAAGUUAGAAAAUUAUUACAGUUAAUAUGUGGUAAUAAAGAAAAAUAUCGUCAAUUGAGAGAUUUACAUGCACUUGUAUCACAUAUUGAAUCAGUUAAAAUUUGUUGUAAUGGUGGUGGUGCUGGUGGUGUUAGUACAACUGAUAUUAUACAACAAAAUUCAAUUAAUUUAUCAUAUGAUUCACUUGUUGAAUUAAUUGAACACUUGAAAUGUUGUGUUGAAAUAGCAACAACAAGAACUGGUAAUUGGCAACGUUUUUGUUUAAAACAAAAUACCGUACUAUCUUAUUUAUUUAAAAUAUCAACAUUACUUGAUGAGGGUGUUAGUCCAACUGUAUUACAAUUAUUACAAUGUGCAAUUUGUUCAACAACAAAAUUAAAAGAAUCAAAUACCAUUAGUAAUAAUAAAGCAAAUAAAAAUGAUUCGAAAAAAGAUAAUAAUAAUUCUUCAACAUCAUCAUCAACAACAGCAGCAGCAGCAACAACAUCAACAAAAGAAUGGCGUGAUCGUGCAAAAUCUGAAGAUUCUGAUAUUGAAGCUAAAUUUGAAGAAACUCAAUGUGUUAUAUUAGUUGAACAAAUACAAAAACAAGUGUCAUCAGUAUUGUUAAAAAAAUUUAUAAAAUCAUUUUUAUUAGAAACAAAUAAUACAAAUGUCAGAUGGCAAGCACAUUCAUUGAUAUUAGCAAUAUAUAAAAAUAGUGGUUCAUCAGAUCAAGAAAUAUUAUUAGAUUUAUUAUGGAAAUUAUGGCCAUAUUUACCAGCAUAUGGACGUAAAGCAGCACAAUUUGUUGAUUUACUUGGUUAUUUUUCAUUAAAAACACCUGAUACUGAUAAAAAAAUGCCAAUAUAUAUGGAACAAGCUGUAUCAGUAUUACAUACACAAAAUCAAUUAUUAUCACGUCAUCCAAGUGCAAAUUUAUAUACUGUACUUGCACAAUUUGUUGAGCUAGAUGGUUAUUAUUUAGAGAGUGAACCAUGUCUUGUUUGUAAUAAUCCAGAAGUACCAAUGUCAACAAUUAAACUAUCAUCAAUGAAAGUUGAUGCUAAAUUUACAACAACAACACAAAUUGUUAAACUUGUAUCAAGUCAAACAAUUAGUAGAAUAUUACUUAGAAUUGGUGAUUUAAAAAAAACUAAAAUGGUUAGAACAGUUAAUGUUUUUUAUAAUAAUCGUUCAGUACAAGCUGUUAUUGAAUUAAAAAAUAAACCAGCAAUGUGGCAUAAAGCUAAAAAAAUAACAUUAGCACAAGGACAAACAGAAGUUAAAAUGGAAUUUCCAUUACCAAUAAUUGCAUGUAAUUUAAUGAUUGAAUAUGCUGAUUUUUAUGAAAAUAUACAAGCAUCAUCAGAAACAUUACAAUGUCCAAGAUGUUCAGCAAGUGUACCAGCAAAUCCUGGUGUAUGUGCAAAUUGUGGUGAAAAUGUAUUUCAAUGUCAUAAAUGUCGUGCAAUUAAUUAUGAUGAAAAAGAUCCAUUUUUAUGUCAUGCAUGUGGUUUUUGUAAAUAUGCAAAAUUUGAUUAUACAUUAACAGCACGUCCAUGUUGUGCUGUUGAUCCAAUUGAAAAUGAUGAAGAUCGUAAAAAAACAGUUGCAACAAUAAAUACAUGGUUAGAAAAAGCUGAUCGUUCAUAUAAAUUAUUAACAUCACAUAAACCAACAUUAGACAUGUUUUUAAUGAAAAUUGCUGAACAUAGAACAGAUAAUCGUGGUGCUGAAGAUAUUGCAUUACAAAUAUCUGGUAGUACACAAGUUAAUAGAACAAUACAACUUUUAGCACAAAGAUAUUGUGGUGAUUGUAAAACAUCAUUUGAAGAAUUAAGUAAAAUAACACAACGUGUUAUUGCAUGGCGUAGAGAACUUGUUGCAUAUGAUAGAAAACAACGUGGUCAACAACAACAACAACAACAACAGCAAUCAUCUUCAUCAUCAUCAUCAUCAUCAUCAACAGCAAUUACAUAUGAUGAUAAUGAUGAUAAUAAAAAAGAAGAAGAAAAAAUUGUUGCUGUUGGUGGUAAAUGUUAUGGUUGUGCAAUUGCUGCAACUGAACAUUGUUUAACAUUAUUACGUGCAUUAGCAACAAAUAAUAUUGCUAAAGAAGUAUUAUGUAAACAAGGAUUAAUACAAGAACUUGUUGAAAAUAAUUUAAGAAGAGGUACAAUACAAGUACAAGAUGAAGUACGUCAAUUAUUAUGUAUUGUUACUAAAGAUAAUAAUCAAUCAACAAAAGAAUUAUGUUCAUUAUUAAUGUAUAGAAUAACAAUGACAUUAAAAGGAAGAGUUAGUACAUUAGAUUUAGCAAUGGCUGUUAGACAUGAAAUGUCAUUACUUGCUGCACUUGUACAAAAAGAUGAUUCAUGCUGGGAACAAAAAUUACGUUGUGUUAUGCAACUAUUUUUAAUGGCAUGUAAAGAAUCAAAAAGUCCAGUUGUUAUGGAAAGUCUUAUUUUACCAUGUUUAAAAAUAUUACAUAGUUUAAUAAAACCAGAUCAACCAACAUCGAAAAAAAAUAAAGAUAAAACAAUUGAUUCAUUGGCAACAAUACAACCACCACCAGAAGGUGUAAGUAUUGAUGUUGCUAAAUGGCUAAAUGGUGAUUCAAAACAUUCAUUUACUGAAUGGUUACAAAGAAUGCCAAAUAAAAAAAUGAAUACAUUAUAUAAUAAUACAAAUAAUAAUAAUAAUAAUAAUAAUAAUAAUAAUAAUAAUAAUAAUAGCAGCAACAACAAUACCAAUAGCAAUAAUAAUAUUAAUAAUAAACCAAUGAAACGUGAAGAAGCAAGAAUAAUUUAUUUAAUGGAAAAAUAUGGUUAUCGUUGGUAUUAUCGUUGUACACGUUUACGUGAAAUACAACCACUUAAAUUAGUAAAUGGUGCUUGGCUUAAAGAAGUAUUAUUUAAUCCAAGUUCAAGACUUGCAAGACAAGUUGCUUGUAAUAUGAUUGAAAGUUUAUGUCAAGGUAAUGAAAGAAGAAAAAAAAUAUUAAUAUUAUUAACUGGUUAUCUUGAUGAAUUAAGAAAUGCUGGUGAAAAUUCAGCUGAAUUUUUAUUUUUAUAUCAAACACUUAUACGUCAAUCACCAUGGAAACAAUUUUUAGCUGUACGUGGUGUUAUGACAAAAUUAGCAAAUUUAUUAAUACGUGAAAUUGAAGAAUUACAUCGUCUUGAAGAAACAACAUUAACAAGUGAUUUAUCACAAGGUUAUUCAUUAAAAAUGUUAACUGAAUUAUUAGCAACAUUUUUAGAACAAGAUAAUAUUAAACAACAAUAUAAAGGAAGAUUAGUUGGUGCUGUAUUAAAUGGUUAUUUAUCAUUAAGACGUUUAGUUGUACAACGUACAAGACUUAUUGAUGAUACACAAGAAAAAUUACUUGAAUUAUUAGAAGAAAUGACAUCUGGAACUGAAGAAGAAACAAAAGAAUUUAUGGCUGUAUGUGUUGAAACAGUAAAAAAAUAUAGUCCACAAGAUUUAUUAACACCUGUAUUUGUAUUUGAACGUUUAUGCUCAAUAAUAUAUCCAGAAGAAAAUGAUAUUGGUGAAUUUUUUUUAACACUUGAAAAAGAUCCACAACAAGAAGAUUUUUUACAAGGUAGAAUGUUGGGUAAUCCAUAUAGUAAUUUAGAGCCUGGUAUGGGACCAUUAAUGCGUGAUGUUAAAAAUAAAAUAUGUCAAGAUUGUGAAUUAGUUGCAUUACUUGAAGAUGAUAAUGGAAUGGAGUUACUUGUUAAUAAUAAAAUAAUAAGUUUAGAUUUACCAGUUAAAGAUGUUUAUAAAAAAAUAUGGGUAAAUGAAGGUGGUGAAUGUGAUGCUAUGAGAGUUGUAUACAGAAUGAGAGGUUUACUUGGUGAUGCUACUGAAGAAUUUGUUGAAACAUUAAAUGCAACAACACAACAAGAAGUUAAUAAUGAAGAAGUAUAUAAAAUGGCAAAUGUAUUAGCUGAUUGUGGUGGUUUACAAGUUAUGCUUAAUUGUUUAUCUGGUAUUAAAGAUAUUUGUCGUGCAAAACCAUUAUUACAAGUUUUAUUAAAACUAUUUCGUUUAUCAGUUAAAGUUAAAAAAAAUCAACAAGUAUUAAUUAAACCAGAAAUUGGUGCUGUUACUGUUUUAUUACAAGUAUUACAACGUUGUUUAUCAAAUGAAACACUUGAUUCAUCACAAAUACAAGCUAAAAUAACUGAACAAUUACUUGAUAUUAUGGAAACAAUACUUGCAAAUGCAACAUCACAACCAUUAAAAUAUUUUGAAAAAUUUUCAAGAACACUUGGUGGACCAGAACAUGUUAAUGCAUUAUUAAAAUGUACACAAUUAUCAACAGUACGACAAAGUAAUAAUGUAUUAAUACAUUUAGCUAGAGUUGUUGCUGCAUUAACAUAUGGUAAUACUGAAAAAAUGACAGUACUUUGUGAUUAUUUUAAGCCAGUAUUAAAUUUUUAUGAAUUUGAUUUUGAGCAUACAAAUGAAGAUGAACAAAAACUUGAAUUAUUUUGUAUAUUAACACAAGGUAUUGAAAAAAAUUCAAUUGGUAAUACACUUAAAGAUCAUAUUAUUGAUAUGGGAAUUGUUAAAGAUGCAUUUGAAUAUAUAACAGUAUAUGCACCAUGUGUUAAACCAACAUUAUUACGUACUGAUUCAGAUGAACUUAAAGAAUUUAUAUCAAAACCAGCAUUAAAAUAUAUAUUACGUUGUUUAACUGGUCUUGCUAGUGAACAUGAACCAACACAACUUGCUGCAACACCACCAACAAUAUCAAUAAUACAUCGUCUUGAACAGGUGUCAUCUGAUGAACAUGUUGGUUCACUUGCUGAAAAUUUACUUGAAGCAUUAUGUACUAAUAAAAAAGUUGCAAAAUUAAUUGAUGAAGCACGUCAACAUACUAAAAGUGAAAAAAAACGUUUAGCAAUGGCUAUGAGAGAAAGACAGUUGGGUGCACUUGGUAUGCGUACAAAUGAUAAAGGACAAGUAACAGCAUCAAGUAGUGGUACAAUAUUACAACAAAUGAAAGAUCUUGGUGAUGAAAGUGGUCUUGUUUGUGUUAUUUGUCGUGAAGGUUAUAAAUUUAAACCAAAUAUGGUUUUAGGAAUUUAUACAUUUACAAAACGUUGUAAUGUUGAAGAAUUUGAAAUUAAAACACGUAAAACAAUUGGUUAUACAACAGUAACACAUUUUAAUGUUGUACAUGUUGAUUGUCAUAUGUCAGCAGUACGUUUAGCAAGAGCAAGAGAUGAAUGGGAAAGUGCUGCAUUACAAAAUGCAAAUACAAAAUGUAAUGGUUUAUUACCAUUAUGGGGACCACAAGUACCUGAAUCAGCAUUUGCAAGUUGUCUUGCACGUCAUAAUACAUAUUUACAAGAAGCAACUGGUCAUCGUGAUAUAUCAUAUUCAUCAACAUUACAUGAUUUAAAAUUGUUAUUAUUACGUUUUGCACAAGAAAAAAGUUUUCAUGAUGAUACUGGUGGUGGUGGUGCACAAUCAAAUAUGCAUAUUAUACCAUAUCUUAUACAUAUGUCACUUUAUGUUAUGAAUACAACAAGAUCUGGUAGUAAAGAAGAACAACAAUUAUCAAAUUAUUUAAAAUCAUCACCAUCACAUCAAUGGCUUGAUAAUUGUUAUGAAGCUGAAGGUCCAAUGUAUCAAGCAACAUUAGCUGUAUUAGUACAUCCACCAUCAAGAUGGCAACAAGAUAAAUUAGUACAUUUUAGACGUCUUAUUAUACUUGCUCAUCAAAGACAUAUAUCACCAUCUGGACCAACUAAAACAAUAACUGAUUCAACACUUAAAGAUUAUAAUGUUUACAAGGGUGUAUUUAUAUUUUUUGGUCUUGUUGAUUCAAUUUAUUCAUAUUUUUUUAAAGAUCCAAAUUUAUCAGCUAAAGUUAAUGGUACAACAGCUCAAUGGUCAACUGUUCUUGCUGAAUAUAUUAGAGAAAAUGAUGAAACAAUGUUAAAAGCAUCAGAAAAAGUACUUGCUAAAUAUAGAGAUGAAUUAUUACCAUGUGCAUCAUUUGAAGAAUAUUGUGAUGUUAUUGGAUUACUAAGUGAAAUACCAGAUCUUGGAGAAUAUAUAACAGAUGUUUUGCGUGGAUUGGCCUGAGGAAGGGUUUACAUUCUGGCUAAACAAUGGGAAGCUGGAUUGAUUCAAAAAUAAAAUUACCUUUAUAUUAUACAUAAAAAAUUAUAUAUAAAAAAAAAAAAAAAAAUUAAAAAUGUAACUAAUGAAAGAAAAGAAAAACAAAAUCUUAUCUUUUAUGAUGAUAUAAUACUACUAUAUUAUUUAGGGAUUUAAUAGCUUUUAAAAAUAAUAAUUAAUUAUAAUUAAAUAAUAUAAUAACAGGAAUGAUAUAAUAUAAUUAAUAUAAUAUUAUGAAAUUUGUGCUUUUGGUGAUUUUUUCAUCUAAAAAUAAACGUUUGCAGUCAUUACUUAUUACAGUUUAUUUU